AUGUUCAUCUCACAACCUACAAGGUCAACUUGCAUUGGAAUUGACUUAGGAACAACAAAUUCAUGUAUGUGUGUUUUUGAUAAAACAACACCUCGAAUUCUUGAGAAUGCAGAAGGAAAACGAACAACACCAUCUUGUGUUUCUUUUACACCAACAGGAAUAUUAGUUGGAGAACCAGCAAAACGAAUGGAAGCAUUACAUCCAACAACUACUAUCAGUGGAAUUAAGAGGAUGAUAGGGUGUCAAUACAAAAAUGAUAAACAAGAAAGAAGACCUUAUAAAAUUGUUAAAGGAAGGAAUGGAGAAGGAUGGAUUCAUAUUAAUGGGAAGACAUAUUCUCCAACAGAAAUUUCAUCAAUGAUUCUUAAGAAAUUAAAAAAAGAUGCAGAGGCUAAACUAGGGAAAAGAGUAGAUGAAGCAGUUAUCACAUGUCCAGCAUAUUUUAAUGAUGCACAAAGACAAGCUACUAAAGAUGCAGGAACACUUUCCGGAUUAAAAAUACAAGAAAAUGAAGGAAAGAAUAAUGCAGUUUAUGAUCUUGGAGGAGGAACAUUUGAUAUUUGUAUUCUUAAUAUUAAUAAAGGAAUUUUCCAAGUUAAAGCAACUAAUGGAGAUACAAUGGAGGAGAAGAUUUUGAUAAAGCUAUUUAAUAAAGAAGUAGCAGAGAAAGUAAAAUGUGAAUUAACAUCAAGUGAAGAAAGUAUAAUUUCAUUACCAUAUCUUGAUGGACAAGAUUCACUUGAAAUUACAAUUAAUAGAAGAAAAAUUGAAGAAUUAUGUAAAAAAAUUUGUAAAAGAACAGAAUAUCGUUGUAUUCAAUGUAUGAAAGAUGCAAAAUUAAGAAAAAAAGAUAUUAGUGAUGUUGUACUUGUUGGAGGAAUGACGAGGAUGCCUUUAAUUCAAAAUACUGUUCAUGAAAUAUUUGGAAAAAAACCAUGUAAAAAUAUCAAUCCUGAUGAAGCUGUUGCCAUUGGAGCAGCAAUUCAAGCAAGUAUUAUUGAAGGAAAGAAAAAUGAUAUUAUUCUUGUUGAUGUUACACCAUUAACUUUAGGAAUUGAAACUUAUGGUGGAGUGAUGACACCAUUAAUCCAUAGGAAUACAACAAUCCCUACAUCAGUUUCAAAAGAUUUCACUACAUCAAUGGAUAAUCAACAAGAAGUAGAUAUUAAAGUAUUUCAAGGAGAACGUAGAGUUACAUCAAAGAAUAAAAAGUUAGGAGAAUUUAAAUUGGUUGGAAUUCCUCCAGCAAAGAAAGGUAUACCAAAAAUCCAAGUUACAUUUGAUAUUGAUGUUAAUGGAAUAGUAAAAGUUUCUGCUCUUGAUAAAGGAACAGGAAAGAAAACAGGAAAUCAAGUUAAAUCGAAUGGUGGUUUGAAUGAAGAUGAAAUUAAUCGACUAGUUAAGGAAGGAGAAGAACAUGCUACUGAAGAUAAGAGAAAAGAAAAUUUAAUUCUUCUAACACAACGAUUAAAAGAAAUGAUAGAUAAUGCACAUAAUCUUCAAAAAGAGUUAUUAAAGAAAAAAAUUGAAACAACUCAAUUAGAAAAACUUAUUAUUCAAUCUAAAAAAACUCUUACAUCAGAAGAUGAAAAUGAAAUUAAAAAAGUUAUUGAUCAAUUAGGAGAAGAAUCAUCAAGUUAUUCAGCUAAAUUAUAUAAUUAA